CGCCUCGAGAAGCCGGCCUGGGAGACAUGGAGAACUGUUUGGCGGCCGCGGCGCUGAACGGGGUGGACCGACGUUCCCUGCAGCGCUCGGCUAGGCUGGGUCAAGAAGUGCUGGAGCGGGCCAAGAGGAGGGCGGUGGACUGGCAUUCGCUGGAGUGUCCCAGAGGCAGCGUGGGGGAGUUUUCCCGGGAGGUGCCCUUCCGAGAAAGACUGAGGGUAGCCGGCCCCCAGCGCCGUCUCCCCGCAGAGAGAGAAGAGAGACCCUCAACCCUUAGUGCUUCCUUUAGAACAAUGGUCGAAUUCAUGGACUAUGCUUCAAGUCAGUGUGGGAAAUAUUAUUCAUCUAUGCCAGAGGAAGGAGGGGCAACCCAUGCCUAUCGUUAUCAUAGACAGAAGUCAGAGCUCCACACGUACUCAGACAUAGGAAUAAGUCAGAGAAAAGCCAGAGAAAACACAUCCCUCAGUUCUGGAGGCAUCUAUGGAAUACCAGAGCACACUCUAGAGGCAUUGCAGCCUGCCCAGAACAUCUCUAAGGACCUCUACAUAGAAGUGUAUCCGGGGACCUAUUCUGUCACAGUGGGCACAAGUAACUUAGCCAAAAAGACUCAUGUGGUAGCAGUUGAUUCUGGACAAAGUGUGGACUUGGAUUUCCCUGUAUGAUGUCACCAUCACUGCCAUCACGUCACCUUUUUAUAAGUAGCAAGAAGAAUAAAGCCACUUUAUGAUUCUCUUAAUAGCUAUACAUUAAUCCUGCUUUUAGUACUAACUAUGUCAGCCAUCCUGGGAACUGGUGUCUCUUUCAGUGCUGAUUUUUACUUGACAGUGUGUAAGUACCCCAUCCUCACUGUCCUGAAAGAAAUAAUGAUGCUGUCUGAACAGUUUUUACUGCUUGCAUUCCAAGUAAAUGUUAAUAAUGAUAAUAAAGGGAGAAAUUUAGAAACAGAGAAUUAAUUUUUAUUGUUAUUAAGAGAUCAAACAAAAUGUUUUUCCUAUACAACUGUAAGCUUUAUGAAAAGAUGGGAGAGAGGCUGUGGGCACAUUUGCCCAAAAUAGGCUGGCCACAGCCUAUAGCUUCUGUGGAAGAAGCAUUCUAAAGCAGUCUCAUCAGGGGGGUGGCAAGGACCCAGGGGCAGGGUUGCCACCUGCCUGUGCGCCUCAUGGCAGGUGCCUUCCUGCACUCUUCUGCAGCACUCUUCUGGGGUGAAGAUUCUGCUACUCACGCUGCUAUCACCUGUGGCUUGGACGCACCUCCUUCCAUUGAAGAAGGCCUUGUCAGCGGCUCUUUGUAAAUCUAUCACCAGUCUUUAAUUUCCUAUAAGAUUAAAAAAAUUGUCUUAUGCUGACUGUAAUUUUAAGGAUCAAAAGUCACUAAUUUUAAGGCCAGGUGUGUUGGCUCAUGCUUGUAAUCUUAGCACUUUGGAAGGCCAAGGUGGGAGGAUCAUUUGAGGCCAGGAGUUCAAGACGCUAUGUUCAAGAAUGAGACCCUCGCUCUACAAAAAGAAAAAUUAGCUGCACAUGCUGGUUACUUG